GUUGAGGACGGAGGAGGUUCAGAUCAAAGCUGCAGAAAACACCGAGACGCUGGGCGGAGAUGGAGAUGUGCUGCUGUCGGUGAGUUGAAUCCGUCACAGCGCUGAGUCGACCUGCAGAUGGACGCUGGAGCAGCUGAAACCUGCUGCUCUCUGAUUGGCUGAUCCCACGUCAUCAUGGCUCACCUGUUCCUCGCCAGUAAGAUGCCGGACGACCUCCACGGAAAAGGCGGCGGCCGGAUCCCGAGAAGCGCCAUGAAGGUUCCGAUCUCCUCCGAGAAGCUGAUCCGGGACAAACCCAGGAAGGACCUUGGCGUCGUCGUGACGACGCGAGUCCCGCACGUCAACGAGGUCCAGCUGACGGCGGCAACUGGCGGCGCCGAAAUGUCCUGCUACCGCUGCACGGUGCCGUUCGGCGUGGUGGUCCUGAUCGCCGGCGUGGUGGUGACGGCGGUCGCCUACACCUUCAACUCCCACGGAUCCACCAUCUCGGUCCUGGGCCUGGUCCUGCUGUCGGCCGGACUGGGCCUGCUGGGCUCCAGCGCCAUCUGCUGGAGGGUCCGUCUGAGGAGGAAGAAGGACAAACGACGGGAGAGCCGGACGGCCCUGAUGGCCAGCGAGGGGGACUGCAUCGCCUGAGGACGCUGCUGGAGAUUCCUCAGAGCCUGAACCUGAACAUGAAUUCUUCUGGUUUAAAAACUAGAAACCAGCGACUCUCUGCACAGGAGGAGGCAGAGAACAGUUGUGGAGACGUUAAACUUUUCACUGCAAGUGACGAAGGACACACAAAGUCCUGAGACGAUCAGCACCGACGUUCCAACAGAUCUUCUCCAGUUGGGUUUUGGACUGCUGGUCGGACACGUGAAGACGUUCAAAGGAGGAACUCUGGUUCUGUGAUUUAAAAGCAGAACAGAUGGAUCCCUGACGGAUCAUUUACAGUCUGUUGUGGAGCUUCAGAGGAACGAUUUGACUUAAUUUCUCUGACGUUAAUCAUAAAUCUGUUUUAUUCUGAGCAUCAGAUCACAGCAGAGUUUGUGUUGUGAUCCUCCAACAAGUUUAAACAAUCCGCUGAUGCAUCAAACUGCAUCCAGAUAUGAUGAGAUGUUUUAAAUGUUUAAUGUACAGAAUCAGACUAAACGCUGCUAAUGAGCUAUAAACGACAUUUUAAAGGUACUCCGUAGUUGAUGAACAGUCGGUCGGUCUGUUUGUGACGGAUUCAGUUCUCCUCAGGAUGGAAAUACUCGAUUUCAACUCUGGUUUUCUGGCGAGCAUAAAAACUUCUCCUCUGAUGUCGGGUUCAAACUCAGAGCAGGUCAUUAGAAACUCCUGAUGGACACGUGUUGGUCCAAACAUCAGGAAGAAGCAGCCAGAGGCACAUCUCCAUUUCAAAUUAAAUGUCCAACAUCAUCAAAUGAUGAAGAGAAUCUGAACGUUUGUUGAAGCCACUGUGAGUUAUUAACAUUCUGACAUGACUGGGAUCUAAAAAGUCUCCUUAAGUUUGGUUCUUGGGAUCAAGAUUCAUCAUUUUGUUUUCAAUCAAAUUCAUACAAAUUAAUCAGCAAAUCAGACGAGACCAACGGGAACCAUGACUGACUGAACAACCGACAGACUUUAACAUCUUGUGUCCAACAUCAUCUCUUUUCAUGUAAGUCUGCCCCCUGGUGUCCAACAAAAGGAAAUGCAUUUCAGUGUGUUCUGCAGACGCAUUAGAGAUCAGAUCAAGUUCUGGUUGAACUGUAUUCAAACUCAAGCGCAUCUUGCAGCAAUUUGCAUCUUUUCUUGAUGGUUUUGCGUCUCUGUUGGCACUGUGUCUCUUUAUGGACAUUUUUUUGUCUCUUUGUGGACAUUUUUUGUCUCUUUAUGGACCUUUUUUGUCUCUUUGUGGACGUUAUUUUUGUCUUUUCAUGGUGGUUUUCUGUGCUGUUCGUUCAUUUGAGCAUCUUUUUGUGGCCAUUUUGAGUCUUUUAGGAUUUUCUACAUCAAUGAAAACAUCGCACUGGGAGCACACCAGCUAUUUCACAUGUAGUUAUGUUAAUUUUGUACGUUUUUGUAUUGUUUUGCACCUCUUUGCAGAUUUCUUUCUGUCUUUUAGUCCCGUUGUGUGGCUUUAUAGCAUUCAUUUGUAAUAAUGGAUUAAUCCUGAAAGGCUGCUGAUGCAGAACUUUACUCUUUAUGAAAGUACCGUCAGAGAGUUUCGUUGGAUGAGAGCUCAGAACACUUAAAAUAUGAAUUUGCGACAAACUUGCAGCUUAAAAUGAAGUUAAAAUCAUGUGUUUGCUGUAAGUGUUCCACUAAGUUCACUUAAACGUCCAUUGACAAUUCGCCACAAAUCUAAAGUGAGAGCGUGUCGAGCAGCAGUCUGAACCCAACGUCAGGUGACUGAACACCUGAGCAGCUCACAAACAGGCCGACCUCUGAUUUGCAUGUUCCUCUGUAUGUUUAGUGCACUAAGAUCCACACGUCAUGUAUCCCACUGUAUUAUUUGCUCUGUCGGCUCCGACUUAUUUAUUCUGUGCCAUAUAACAAACUUAUUAAAGUCAAGAUCCCACAAAUGCCA